AUGGGCAUCUGCAGCCUUCUCGUGUGGUCGCAGUUUGGCACCGGCGUUCCUCGCCUGGCGGCACGUCUCGAGGUGACACGGUCUUGUGUCGUCGCCGCGGACGUGCCGUCUGGCUUCGCGCUGGCCAAAACCAUCCCGGUGGCCUGGCGCGCGGUGGACGGCGAGCUACGGCUUGCGGUCGGCGACGAUGUGGUGCCGCGUCGCGAGGCGGCUGCCCUCCUGCGAGAGGCGGGCCGCCAGGCGGCCGCCGAGCGUCUGUAUCGCCUGCCUCACCAGGGCAAAGUGAUGCAGACGGUCGGCGACCAGCGCGUGAGCAACCACUACAUGUACCGUGGCAGCUUCACCCGCUUUGCCGAGUGGCUCUUUGUGCACCGCGCGCGGCUGGGACUGGUGCCUCUAAACGGCGUCCGUCGCAGCCCUGUGCGGGGCGACGAGCGCUGCCGGCGGUGCGGUUACGCGCGCGAGACGCUGUCCCACGUGCUGUGCCACUGCAUGCCGCACAGUGACGCCUUCCAGCGCCGUCACAACGCCAUCCUGAGCCGCCUCCACAAGGCGGUGCAGCGGGAUGGCGUGGUGACACAGGUCAACCGGCGGGUGCCGGGGUGCGUCUCCUCCCUGCGCCCCGACCUGGUGGUGACCCGCGGUGACGAGGUCAUCCUGGCCGACGUCACCGUGGCCUUUGAGAAUGGGCCACACGCGCUUCGCGCUGCCAGCGACGCCAAGGUCCGCAAGUACACCCCACUCGUGCACGAGCUGCGCGGGCGGGGCAAGACGGCCAGUGUGGUGGCGUUGAUCGUCGGUCCCCUGGGCACCUGGUGGCGGGGCAACGAGGCCUCGCUGCGCCGGCUUCGUGUCAGCCGGAACUACGCUAAGCUGAUGCGGCGGCUCAUGGCCGAAACAGUGUGCUGCUGGCGUCGGCAAGAUGGCGGCGACGACCCUGAUGUCACCGCGUCCGGGUGA